AUGAACACGCGUGUCUUACUACUCCUCUCCCUCUUCUGCCUCGUUGUGGAAGCAACAUCACUGACCUGUGUAACAUGCCACCUCCGCACACCGUCAGACCACUGCAGAAGAGGCUUUGGCAUCUGCCAUGCUCAGAAGUACGAAACAUGCAUGAGCCUAAGGAUCUACUCCAAAAACACUCUCCAGAUAUCAUACAUGGUGUGUCAGAGAUUCUGCAAGAACUUGACGUACAACUUCAACAAUCGGACUUAUGUUCAUAAAUGUUGUAACUACGAUUAUUGUAACUUCAAAAUCUAA